AUCAUGUGCCGGCCACAUGUACGCCGCGAUGACAUCACCCCGAGGCGACACAACAACGCCAUGCUAAAAGGGCCUCAUUCACAACUGCUGUUUAACUGGUGCUAAAUAACGCCUGUGUAAGUUAAAUAGAGGGUGCCUCAGCAACAUAAGCUGUCCACCAACACACACAACCCCGCAUUCGUUUCAGUGUAAGACUUUGCAAAAGCAUUAUAUAUGGAUAGUUAUUACAGCGGUGCAUCCAGUAGGGAGAGAGCGGAUUAAGGAGAAUGAGCUACCCGGGCCAGAUUUAACCGGGAAGGAGAAGUGAGAAUUUGUGGUGUUUGCAGAAGGAUGUGCUGCUUCAUACGCUGUACAAGGCAGGAUUACUGUUAAGGUAGUACUCUGGCUUGUGAGGACACGCACUCUCCCCCUUCUCUUAACCGCAGACACACACUGAUUGAAAUACAAGCACCCCUCCCCCCCACUCACCCACACACACACAUUUAUCUUCUUUGCCCUUUUGUAAUACACUGUACAAGCAGAAACACACACCUCUCGUCUGCUUUCACCAGCCUCUUUGGGGCGAAAACUACAAGCCAAAGUGUGACAUCACCUCUGAGCUGCACUCGUUACCAAGGUGAUGGGAUUUUUUUCCCUAUAAAAUAAAAGAACCAAAAAAAGGUUUGCCAUGUCCUUGACUUCAAGUUCUAACCUUUAAACUGUCUCGUGUCUCUAUCUUCGCAUUUAAUAUUAUUAGAGAAACAACUAUUCCCAUGAUGGAAGUCUAUCUUUGCUGCAGCUCUACUCAUCUGCUGUCCAUUAGCCUAUUUGUGAAUGUCCCGUGCAUGAGCUGCAGUGCUGCAGUAUUCUGCAGUAAUUAGUCCGAACAUAUAGUGUCGCCACUGCUGCAGCUUUUAAAAAAUAAAGACUUACGCACAAAAUGAACAGAAUUGGCGGAAUACGAUGGGAUUUUGUAGAGGAAUAUAAUAGGAGGGUGGGUGUGCAUGUGUGAUAGACAGAUAAAGAUAGAGAGGCUUGAAGGAGAGACAGGAAGAGUCCAGUCAAGUGUCUGCCGGCUGCCGGCUGCAUUUACAGAAGGGCUCUUAUCAGAUUUGGGCAAUCACAAAGUCAGACAGGGUGAGGCAGAAAAGCAGAUGAGGGAAAGAGCGAACACUCAGUGUGCAUAUCAUGAAGGACUGCUUUAGAGAGGCGAGACAGCCAGACAUCCCAUGAGGCAUGUGCCUUUCUCCAUGCAUGAAUUUCUUUUUUUGAGCAGCGAGACUGGAGCUUGUGAUCACUCAUCACCACAGCUCAACCAAGGCACAGGAAGCAAGGAGGAUCCUCAAACACCACAGAGCUGCUUAAAAAAAAAUCCCAGCUCUGGGUGGGAGAGAGGACAGACAUGCACAGGUGCUGCUAGAGAGAGAGAGAGAGAGAGAGAGAGAGAGAGAGAGAGAGAGAAGGGAGCAGAGAGAAAAGAGAAAGAGAGAGAGAGAGAGAGAGAGAGGAAGAAGAAGAGGGGGGGUUGAGGGGACGUGUAGGAGGAGACUUGACUUGCUUCAGAAGGGAAUAGGAGCCGGAGUGCAAUUCCAAAACAGCUGUCCGGCAGACGUCCCAGUCGACAGAAGUGCAGCCCCGAGGCAGAGACAGGAGGCAGGGCAGUGUCAACAUGCCACAGGAGCAGCAAAGCAGCCACUGAACACACACAUACAGACACACAUCAACCUGGGGCUGCAGCAUUCGGCAGAGCACCAGGAACCUGAGGAAGUAUCAAGAUCUGCCCAUCGGAAUAUCUGAGGAACGUGGCCAUUUGACCUUUCUACAUCAUCGGACAUCACCAGUCCUGCUUGGAAUCCCAUUUCCUGAUCGAUGCCGCAAUUGCUGAAAUUAUUUUUGGAGUCCUGCAUGACCGGUGUGUUACUGAGAAUGUAACUCGAGCUUCUCCCCUGGGGAACUGUAACAUCCAGAACUUAUAGAGCACUUCCGACUUUUCUAUCCUGCAUAUCUGAGACCUCUUCUGCAGUUACAGCCAUGCCAGCAAAAGCGCCCAUAUACCUGAAACCCAACAAUAAUAAGAAGGGAAAGAAAUGUCGCCUCAGAGAUAUUUUGUCCCCAGACAUGAUCAGUCCACCGCUUGGGGACUUUCGCCACACCAUCCACAUUGGCAAGGGUGGGGAGAGAGAUGCCUUCGGAGACAUGUCUUUCCUCCAGGGAAAGUAUGAACUCCUACCCGGGAAGGGGGACAUCCAUCCUCAGUAUGGUAUCCAAAGUGAGUUUCUGAGAGCUAACAGCACCGGUGAUGCUUCCUUUGCCGAAACCCCUUCUCCGGUGCUCAAGAACGCCAUCUCCCUCCCAACUAUUGGUGGCUGCCAGGCACUUACCCUGCCUCUGAUCUCCUCCACUGUGUUCUCCAUGCCUCCGGAGCCGUUGGAGGACAUCAUUGGGCCUACAGCUCCCAUGAAACCUGACAGCACAGAGGAGGUAGAGAUCCUGCAGAUGGACGCUUUGUUGCGCUCCAUGGACGUCUUCAGCAGCGAGCCUUCGUCUCCCUCCAAGGAUAUCCAGUCGAAGCCAGACGUCCUCCUGGAUCUGCUGAAAAACACAGAUAAGUCCACCUCUAAGGCAGUUGCCAAAGCGAACAAAAUAAACAAGAGUGAAACCAGGUUUGACAAGCCAUCCUCCUAUUAUAUCACCGGUCACAGCAACAGCACCUUCAAAGCCAAUGGAAGCCUGAACAGCAACACAAGCAGCGACAGCUUUGACAGCUUUAUCGGUAAAGGAGACUUCCAGAACAAGAUCUGCAACGGCAGCCUCAAUGGCAAUGGCAACUGCAAUGGUUAUGGACAUUAUAACAAUGACAUUACUAUGGGGUUCAAGCAGGAGCUCUCAAAGUGCAAUGGAGAGUGGGUGGACAGGGACAGUGGGGUGGAGGAGGGCCGCAUCUGUGAUUUUGAGUUUGAGUUUUCCAAGGAGAAGAGCACGUCACAGGAUUCCCUCGCCCAGAUCACGGGGUCAUUCCUCUCCCUUGAACUCGAUCUGGGCCCAUCCAUCCUGGACGAUGUGCUCAACAUAAUGGAUAAACCCGCAGUGAAGAGCAGGCCUUGAGCUGCGCUGAGGCCCCAAGAGGAGAAAGGGAAUUAUUAAACUAUAGCCAUGAGGAGAGAAAGACUCAAAAAGCAAUCAAAAUGGUGUCUGGAUAUAUCAUUGAGAUGAAAAUGAGCUACAAUAGACAGAGCUGCUUAUGUUUUUAUUGUCAAAACAUAUAACUAUUCUAGCUUCUAUGGAGUGUUGAUUCUUCUUUUUUGUUUGCCAUGCCAGCUGCAUGUUUAAAAUGCAUGUACUAUUGAGUUACAGCUAAAACACAGCCAUCGUGCCUUUGACUGUAAAAAUGCUACAUGAUAGAUUUGUGUUCUUACGUUGACUCCCACAGCAUAUACAUAAUAACUUUGAGGUCCUUUUGCUUCUUUAUUUUUUUUUACACAUUGUUAAACAUAUUGCAUUUUGUGACUUUAAGUGUGUUUAACAAAGCUUUAUUUUGUUUGUCACAUAAUUCAUUUGCCACAUGACUAUUUCAAACAACAGAACACUAUGCAUAUUUGUGUUUUUAAAAUUUUAACACAAAUAAAUUCCUUUUGUCCUA